ACUUCCUCAUGAGUUUCCUGAUAGACUCCAGCAUCAUGAUCACCUCCCAGAUACUUUUUUUUGGAUUUGGAUGGCUUUUCUUCAUGCGCCAAUUGUUUAAGGACUAUGAGCUCCCGUUAUUUUCACUGGAAAAUGAACCUGUGUGUCAUUCUGCUCAUCCUGGUUUUCAUGGUGCCUUUUUACAUUGGCUAUUUUAUUGUGAGCAACAUCCAACUUUUACAUAAACAGAGACUGCUUUUUUCCUGUCUCUUAUGGUUGACCUUCAUGUAUUUCUUCUGGAAACUGGGAGAUCCAUUUCCCAUUCUUAGCCCAAAACAUGGGAUCUUAUCUAUAGAACAACUCAUCAGCCGGGUUGGUGUGAUUGGGGUGACUCUCAUGGCUCUGCUUUCUGGAUUUGGUGCUGUCAACUGCCCCUAUACUUACAUGUCCUACUUCCUCAGGAAUGUGACUGACACAGAUAUUCUAGCACUGGAACGGCGGCUGCUCCAAACCAUGGAUAUGAUCAUAAGCAAAAAGAAAAGGAUGGCAAUGGCACGGAGAAUUAUGUUCCAGAAGGGGGAAGUGCAUAACAAACCAUCAGGAUUUUGGGGAAUGAUAAAGAGUGUUACAACUUCAGUGCCAGGAAGUGAAAAUCUUACUCUUAUUCAACAGGAAGUGGAUGCUUUGGAAGAACUAAGCAGACAGCUUUUUCUGGAAACAGCUGAUCUCUAUGCUACAAAGGAGAGAAUAGAAUACUCCAAAACUUUCAAGGGAAAAUACUUUAAUUUUCUGGGUUACUUUUUCUCUAUUUACUGUGUUUGGAAAAUUUUUAUGGCAACCAUCAAUAUUGUUUUUGAUCGAGUUGGAAAAACAGAUCCUGUCACAAGAGGCAUUGAGAUCACUGUGAAUUACCUUGGAAUCCAAUUUGAUGUGAAGUUCUGGUCCCAACACAUUUCCUUCAUUCUAGUUGGAAUAAUCAUUGUCACAUCCAUCAGAGGAUUGCUGAUUACUCUUACCAAGUUCUUUUAUGCCAUCUCCAGCAGUAAAUCCUCCAAUGUCAUUGUCCUGCUAUUAGCACAGAUAAUGGGUAUGUACUUUGUCUCCUCGGUGCUACUCAUUCGAAUGAGCAUGCCUCUAGAAUACCGCACCAUAAUCACAGAAGUCCUUGGAGAACUACAGUUCAACUUCUAUCACCGUUGGUUUGAUGUGAUCUUCCUGGUCAGUGCCCUCUCCAGCAUCCUGUUCCUUUAUUUGGCUCACAAACAGGCACCAGAGAAGCAUAUGGCACCUUGAACUCAUCCCCAUUGUAGACUGUUAAAAACUAAUAAUGGUGUCAGAAUUUGGAAAUAGGAAGAAAAACAAUGGAGAGGAUCAAGUCCUAAUAUUUUUUAAACAAACAAAAUGCUGUGGUAGCAUAGUCUACCUCUAGCAUAUCUUCCUCCUCAGAAGAUAAUGUGAUCGUAAGUAGCAUCAGCUAGAACCUGAGAGGGAGAAGUAACUUAAAGCAGUACUGUAUACAGCAGGUGUCCUGCAUGGAUUUGAGGCUGGUGCAAAGUGGGAAAGACAGUGAGAGGGAAGGGGGAUGAAAAUGCACUGAAUCUCUGAGGCAAAAGAUGUCUAUGGUAGCCCAACACAUAACUAAGUCAAGGCUCAUAUGGAGAAGGUUGUGGCUUUCCCUGUAGAUUGACUCAUUAAAAUCAGAGGUUACAACACUUUGGCCUUAGGUUCAUGUUAUCAAGUAUGGCUUGGUAUUAUGAUUGUGUGACCUAACAUGAGUUAGCAUCCCUCCCUUUCGCCCAACCCUUGCCCCACUAAAAUAACCAAGAGAUUAUCUGUUCUUUUCUGGGAAAGGGAUGGUAGACAACUGAAAUGUGGUCUCUGCCAAAAGAGACCACAUUUAUACCCUUUUUCAUGAUUUCCUUUUAAAUUAGUAUUAUGUGUCAAUACCCUGUAGUUAAUGCUAGCUCUCAUAUUUUCUUUCCAUGUGCCCCUCGUGUUGUGAGAUAAAACAAUGAAUAACUGAAAUAAGUCACUCUCCUGUUCUGGGAUUCAAGUUCUUCAUCUGUAAAAGGAAAGUGUUGGAAAAAUUUUUGGAAUACUCAAAUACAACUUAAGAAAAUUCAAAAUUUUAUUGCCGGGAGUC